CCACCGAACUCUCACACAACGUUUACACCACAUCGAAUAUGAAACGCUCAUUCGAGACCUAGAAGAAGAAGUAAAAAACGACAACUAUGAACUAGACAGAAAAAGAAAUAAAAAACUUCAAACCCUUAUCUACAACCACCAGCAUAACAACCACGGACUACCCGAAAACCAACGCUACAACCAAACAAAAAGAAGAAUCAUUAUACCUACAAACAAAAAUCAACCUACCACCUACGACAAUAAACACCAAUUCCCUCAACGUUUUACCAACCUCUCCAACAUCACACUCAACGAAGAAGAAACAAAACUUCUCAUUAUAGGCCAUAAAUUUGCACCGACACCAAGCUCAUUUUCACACAUUCAACUUGCCAUCGAACUCGAAAGUCAACUACUUAAACAACCACAAUUAUAUCAAAACAUAAAGGAAGACCUCAUUAAAACGAUCAACAAACAGGUUAGUAAUUGUAGAUACACUAAUCACAACAAUAUUAUGCUACCUAAACAUAAAAUACAUAACACAAUAAAACUAUUAAAACAAAAAAUUGACACACAAGACUUAAUCGUUACUUCAGCUGACAAAAAUGCCGGCCUAGUAAUUCUCAAUAAAAUCGAUUACAUCAACAAAACACUACAAUUUUUCGACGAAAAUAAUAUAACCGAAAUACCAAAAAACCCGAUAAAUAAAUUUUCAAACAAAGUCAAUAAAACAAUACUAGAAUCUAAAACUACCCUAGAAAAACUAAACAGUAACCCCUUCAUAAUCAAAAAUCGCAAUCCUCAAACACCUUUCCUCUACAGCAUUUUAAAAUUACACAAACAGAAUCAUCCUAUACGCCCCAUAACAGCCUCAUAUGAAUCCCCUACAUAUAAACUUGCUAAAUUCUUAAACCACACCCUCACACAAUUACUUCAAUACAAAUCCCACCAAUCCAUAAAAAACUCUACACAACUUAUUCACAACAUUAACAAGAUUACCCCCCUACAACCUAACUCCAUCAUGAUCUCGUUUGAUAUCGUAAACCUAUACACCAACAUCCCAAUACACAACACGCUUUCCAUCCUCUCAGACAUUCUAUACAACCACGAUUCAUUCAGGAAAAACUUCAAACUGAAUCCAAUAGACAUACAAAACCUCUUGAAACUUUUUGACCUCACAACGCAACAAAAUUUCUUCACCUUCAACAGCAAAUACUACCAAAUGCAAGACGGCCUCCCUAUGGGUUCACCCAUCAGUGGAAUUCUAGCCAAUAUUUUCAUUGACCAUCUUGAAAACAAAAUUAAACUGCUACCCGAAUUUAACAACAUAGCAAUCUGGAACAGAUAUGUUGAUGACAUUUUUUGUAUUUGGACCGGAACAAUAACAGAAUUACACCAAUUUCACAUUGACAUUAACAACCUUUCCAAAAUUAAAUUUACAAUAGAAAUAGAGCAAAAUAACAAACUAAACUUCCUCGAUUUAACACUUCACAAAGACAACAACCACAUACAUUAUAACAUCUAUCGAAAACCAACCACCACAGACAUAGUCAUACCACAUAAUUCAUACCACUCACCACAAAUCAAAAGAUCUGCAUUUAACUUCCUAUUCAAUCGCCUAAUAUCCACACCACUUAAUAAAAUACACUAUAACGAAGAAUACAACACCAUUUUACAAAUUGCAUUGAAUAACAAAUACAACUUUUCGUUUAUACACAACAUUUAUCGUAAAAUAAAACAACAACACAUCAUUAACACCAUUUUUCCCCAUCAUAACGUUCAAAAAACAUUUAAAGCCAUUACUUAUAACCACACAAUACAUAACAAAAUCAACAAAAUCUUUAACAAACAUAACAUUAACAUUAUCCCAAAAUCUCAACCCACUAUCAAAAAAAUCCUUACAAACAUAAAACCAAAAACUCCGGCACAACAAAAAUCAGGCAUAUAUCAAAUAUUCUGCAACCAAUGUCCCGCCUCUUACAUAGGACUAACAACACGAAAUCUGGGUACCAGAUUUAAAGAACACUCCAAAAACCAACCAAAAUCAGCCAUAGGUACCCACAUAAAAGAUUCACAACACUCCAUUUCCAUAGACAAGGCAAAAAUAUUACAAACUUCAAAUAAUUAUAACCAAUUAAAAAUUUUAGAACAUUUAGAGAUCCACAAAGCCAUCAAACAACCCAACCACAACCUCCUCAACGAAAUCACUUUCUUUCCAGAACAACACCUAUACAAACGCCUACACCCCUUCAAUAACAAAGACACGCAACCACACAUACACGCCCACUCCCCUACAGACCCCACAUAAACAGCACGCCAAUGCAUAAAUCUCUUCUACAACUUGACAUAAAAUAUUUCAGUUCACAUAACCUACAAUUCGACACUUCAACCAUACAUGCUUACAUCCACCUUUUAGACAUCAACACAGUGUUUUCGUUCACCUUUAUGAUUUCUGCUGAUUGUGAUCAUCCAAGCUACAUAUUUCUAACAUCUCCCACACAAUGUUUCAUUCACCUGCUUCUUAUAUUGUAUCUUGUACUAAUGACGCUACGGCCUGAAGAUGGUAUUGCUUAACGUACCGAAAUCGAUAGCCUAUACAGAAAAAUAAAAACCUAUUAGCUCGACUGCACUUCCUGUGUGUUUUUUAACCUCAUAUGAAUAAAGCUAAUAAAAAUGGAGAAUUUCAUCGAUA